AGGGACCAAAAGCAGAAAAACGGUUUAGUGGGUAAUAAGGUUAGGUUAGGGCUUAUGGCCCUCUCUCCUUUUUGGUUUAUUUAUGGAACCAAGUUUUUGGCGGGUGAAUCAAAUUUUUUUACGUAUUGGAGGGCAGUUUCGUCUUUUCGUCACCACUUAGGGGCUAGGGUUUUCCCUCCCCGUUUAUAAUGAUUUUUCAGAUCGGCCACUGGUUGGUGUGGGUGUGACUCUGUCGGUCCUCUCUCUCUCUUUGCAUGUCUGUUCCCUUUUAGAUUCAGCCAAAUUCCGUUUAUGCUCUCGCCGCAAGAUCUCUCUCUCUCUCUCUCUCUCUCUCUCUCUCUCUCUUCCCGUCUUUCUCUCACUUUCAUCUUGGUUGAUUUCUAUUCGGAAAGCGUUUACUAUGCUACUCUGCAGUGGCUCUGCUUUGCGAUAUUUGUCUCCCUCUCUCACGCUUGGUUCUUUUCUCUGGGUCUUGUCCAUUAGAUCUCUUUCUUAAUUGCAUUACUUUUUUGUUUUGCCACAAUUUGAAUAGAUCUGCGUCCCUCCAUCUUUCCCUCUCUCUCUGAAUCAUACCCUGCUGGCGCUAGGUGUCCUCUGUUUUGAUUCUGAUAGGUCUAAUCCUCUCGGGUAACCGUUAUUUUUUUUUCUUUUGUUUUUAAAAAAUUUCUGUGUCUACUUUCCGUAUAAGAGAAUCGCGAUCUGUGCACGAUCCCCGCAGGGGUUUUCUCAUCUGGGUCUGUUUCAGAUCCUCAAAAGGGGCCACAAAAAUGGUGGAUCUAAGUGAAAGAGGAUCAGAGUCCGAGAGCCAGAGUAACGAGCUCAAGAAGAGCUGUGCUGAUUGUGGGACUACCAAAACCCCUCUCUGGCGGGGCGGUCCAGCUGGGCCUAAGUCACUCUGCAACGCGUGCGGGAUCAGAAGCAGGAAGAAGAGAAGGGCUCUCCUGGGCAUCAACAAAUCGGCAACAGAGGAGAAGAAAAUCAAGAAAAACCCCAGCGGUAACAGCAGAACAGGAAACGGCGGCAAGAACUUGGGUGAUUCGCUGAAGAGGAAGGUGCUAGACGCGCUUUUGCAGAGGUCGACGGUGGAGAAACAGAGGAAGAAGAAGCUUGGGGAGGAAGAGCAAGCGGCGGUGCUAUUGAUGGCCCUGUCCUAUGGCUCUGUUUACGCCUAGUGCAGAAAAAUCAAAGAGAGUCGGAAUCAAUGGAAUAAUCAUGUACCCUCCUAACCCCUGAAAAGUGUAUCUUCUAUUGUUUGACUAACUGUUUUUGCAAUUUGGAGGGAAGCCAGAGGGAGUGAUGAGUCGAUGUAAGCAAGAGACGAGAGAUGAUGUGAUGACCAAUUGAUCAAUUCUAUCAGAUUAGUUCAUGUUUGUUCCUUCAAAUCUACAAAUAUGUAUCUAUCCCCUAUUUAGUUAAUGAAGGUUUUUGGGCA